AUAAAGAUAAUGAUUGCGGGAAAGAGAGGCUAAGUAGAGGCUUUUAUAGUCGCAGUCCUGAUGCGCUCGCGCACGGCAGUAUCGCAGCUUCUAUCGAACCUUAAUCUCAUUCUAAUAAAAAGCUCACGAAUAUAUUAACGUGAUUCGGAUUAGUUUAUGUCCAUUUUUUUUUUCGUGCUGUGAGGCAAAGGUGUUGAAUUAUGCCAAGCACGUGCGCUUUAUGGUUAUGACGGUUCGAACAUGACGUUCUGUGAGUUUUUAUGAAAAGGUUCGUCCUUAUUGACUUAUCAUUAAGUGCUCAUCCUUCGGACAGUGUGGUCGUAUUUUUUUUAUUAAUUGAUAUGAAUUGACUUUUAUAAUUUGCGUGGGAAUUGUCUUGUGUUUGAGAAGUCAACAUGUUUUUAAGAUUCGAGCCUACAAAAUCGACAAAGGGCGCAAGUAAAAUGCGGCGGGACCUGAUCAACGCAGAGAUAUCCAACCUUCGGGACCUGUUGCCGCUCCCCCCCUCCACUCGGCAGAGGCUAUCACAACUACAGCUGAUGGCUUUAGUCUGUGUUUACGUACGGAAAAUGAAUUAUUUUCAACAAGUACACAAAAGUCACGACUUUACAUAUCAGUAUCAAGAACAACCUACACCCACACCUAAUAUCGGAUUUUCUAAGGCGAUGAGCGGUUUUAUGAUGAUGAUGACUCAGAACGGAAAACUGUUGUACAUAUCUGAAAACGCUGCGGAAUACUUGGGACAUUCGAUGGAAGACUUACUAAUACACGGCGAUAGUGUAUACGAUAUUAUAGAUAGACAAGACCACCAAAUGGUCCAGUUAGAACUAAAUAGAGGGAGCAAUGGAGAGACUGAGAAUAUACCAAAGAAUAGGCAUUUCUUCUGUAGAAUGAACGUUUCAAGAAACGCUAGAAGACAGAUGAGAUUUGGUGACCAAAAAGUAGUGUUAGUGCGAGGCCAUUAUGUGUCAUAUUUACCAUUAUGUAGUAGAAAUGAACCUGUGUUCCUAGCAUCAUGUACUCCGCUCGCCAUGCCGGAGACGCGCGAGUGUGUAGUACACGGUGCUACCAAUGUGUUCACCACUGUACACGCCAUGGACAUGAAGAUACUACACAUUGACACUAAUGGCGAAUGGUAUUUGGGAUGGAAGAAACAUGAACUAGUAGAUGUAUCGUGGUACCAAAUUUUACACUGGGAGAGCUUGAGAGAAGCACAAACUAAACAUAAAUUAAUAACAAAAUCAGAGCAGGACAAAUGCUGUAUACUAUUAGUCAAGCUCCAACAACGAUCUGGCGAGUUUCUGUGGGUGCAUGUCGUGUUACAAGUCAAAGAAGCGACAGAUACUCCUAGACAAUUUAUUGUUGCUACCAACCAAAUAUUAAGUGAAGAAGAAGCAACAAUUAUGCUGGCGAACGCAUGGCUUUACCAAUAUUAUGGUUACCAAAACCAGCCGUGUGGGAUGUUAGACCCACGCUGCCAGAAGUACUUCAGACGAGACCAGUGUUACCAGGAUCCUUACCAAGACUACCAGUAUUUGGAAAACGGUGAUGUGGAUUAUGCCAGCUACAUGGCAUAUGUCGCCAAACCUGAGGAGUACGUCUGUGAGACCCUGUACAUGGAUAGAGGCCCGGUGGACUAUUCCACUCAUUCACCUCAGUCAACUAUAAGUGAAGAAAGGUCACCAAACCACUACGAAGCGCCAGAUAUCGCUAGCAGUAUGUACGCAUAUCCGUACAGCACAGGAAAGAGGGAAUAUUACGAGCAGUAUCCAAUUAUGACCUACCCUCAGGACCCUUGCACGAGUACAUGUGUAGAAGGGUUAGAAUAUCCACCGGAGAAACGAAUGCGUCUAUCAGUCCCCAUGGUGCCUUUAGAAGCGGAUGGAAUGGAGAGAUGGAACCCCAGCCCACCCUGGUCAGAUAACCUCAAAACGUCUGAUUACACGCAACGGUAUACCUACAGCAUGCAUCUACCACCAGAAAGAGCUAUGGUGACUUAAGUAAAAUAAAUUGUAGAAAUAUUUAGAUAUAUUGGAAUUUAUUGUCAACGAUUAGUAUAAGAUGGUCUAAGGUGCUGGUAAAUUGUGAAGAUGUGUUUAAUUUGCUGUGAAAUUUUUUUUUUUUGUUAAAACAAAAUGUUUGGCGUAAUUUGGAUCAAAAAUGUUUCUAUACACCGUUAUUUUAAAUGUCCAAAAAGUACUAGAUUAUCAAAAACUUUUGAAGAAGUAAUUUUAAACAAUGUCAAAAUUUUACCCAUAAAAAUAGCAAAUCAUUGAAAGUGUCAAUGACCUUACGAAGUAUUGACAAUUCACGUUGCUAUUCAUAAAUCUCUACGUAAUGAUGUACGUAGUAUUUUUAUAUUAUUAUCUUAUGUUUACAAUUUAGGGGCAGGAUUUAAGAAAAAAUUAAUAAUAAUAUGUUAUUAUAUUGUAUUAUUUUACUGUGCAGUAUAAAAAUCAUUACAGUUAUUUACGAUCUCUUCAUUAUUGCUCGUUUUCUUUUUAGUAAA